GGUUGGCCAGCGGCGCACGUGUGUCCCGGAAGGAAGUAACGUCAGCCGGGAGAGUCGCGCUGGGACCCUGGUUUCUCCGCAAGCAUGUCGCACUUGCAGAUGAAACUCCUGCGUAAGAAGAUCGAGAAGCGGAACCUCAAACUGCGGCAGCGGAACCUAAAGCUGCUGGGAACCUCCAAUGUGAGCCUGUCAGAAAUUCAAAAUGGCAUUGUGCCCGAAGAAACAAGCGUUAAGAAAAAAGUUAAAAAAUCCCUAAAACAUUCUAUGAAUGGGGGCUUGCCUGAAGCUGAAAAUGGAGAUGUAUUUGAAGAAACAGGGCAAGUUGGGAAAGUUAAAAAAUCUGCAAAACUUUCUGUGAUUGCCAGCUUGUCUGAAGCUCAAAAUGGAAAUGAGCCUAAAGAAACAGGGAACGUCAGAAAAGUUAAAAAACCUCUGAAACGUUCCGCGAAUGGGAGCUUGACAGAAACUCGAAAUGGAGAUGAGCGUGAAGACGCGGUAGAAAAUGUCAGAGUUCAAAAGUCCCCCCCGAAACCUGCCAUGGUAGGCAAGGCAGAAGCAGCAACCCAGUCUCCCAACUCAGAAUCAAAAAAGAAAAAGAAGAAGAAGAGAAAAGUAGUGAAUGAUGCCGGGCCUGAUACAAAAAAAGCAAAAACUGAAGAAAGCACCGAGACUCCCGGACAAACAAAAGAUGGUGUGGGAAAGUCAGGUGGUGAGGACGGUGACAGCGAGGUGCCCAGCCUGCCCUUGGGACUGACAGGAGCUUUUGAGGAUACUUCUUUUGCUUCUCUAACUGAUCUUGUCAAUGAAAACACUCUGAAGGCAAUAAAAGAAAUGGGUUUCACAAACAUGACUGAAAUUCAACAUAAAAGUAUUAGACCACUUCUGGAAGGCAGGGAUCUCUUAGCAGCUGCAAAAACAGGCAGUGGCAAAACCCUUGCAUUUCUCAUCCCUGUGAUUGAACUCAUUGUUAAGUUAAAGUUCAUGCCCAGGAACGGAACAGGGGCCCUUAUUCUGUCUCCUACUAGAGAACUGGCCAUGCAGACGUUUGGUGUCCUUAAGGAGCUCAUGACCCACCACGUUCACACGUACGGCUUGAUCAUGGGUGGCAGCAACAGGUCUGCAGAGGCCCAGAAACUGGCUAAUGGGAUCAACAUCAUCGUGGCCACCCCUGGCCGCCUCCUGGACCACAUGCAAAAUACUCCAGGGUUUAUGUAUAAAAAUCUACAGUGUCUGGUUAUUGAUGAAGCAGAUCGUAUCUUGGAUGUUGGAUUUGAAGAAGAAUUAAAGCAGAUUAUUAAACUACUGCCAAUACGCAGACAGACCAUGCUCUUUUCUGCCACGCAAACUCGAAAAGUCGAAGACCUGGCAAGGAUUUCUUUGAAAAAGGAGCCAUUGUAUGUUGGCGUGGAUGAUGACAAAACUAAUGCCACGGUGGAUGGUCUUGAGCAGGGAUAUGUUGUGUGUCCCUCUGAAAAGAGAUUCCUUCUGCUCUUUACAUUCCUUAAGAAGAACCGAAAGAAGAAACUCAUGGUCUUCUUUUCAUCCUGCAUGUCCGUGAAAUACCACUAUGAGUUGCUGAACUACAUUGAUUUGCCUGUCUUGGCCAUUCACGGGAAGCAGAAGCAAAAUAAGCGUACAACGACAUUCUUCCAGUUCUGCAAUGCAGAUUCCGGGAUAUUGCUGUGCACGGAUGUGGCAGCGAGAGGGCUGGAUAUUCCUGAAGUCGACUGGAUCGUUCAGUAUGACCCUCCAGAUGACCCUAAGGAAUAUAUUCAUCGUGUGGGUAGGACUGCCAGAGGCCUGAACGGAAGAGGGCAUGCCUUGCUUAUUUUGCGCCCGGAAGAAUUGGGUUUCCUUCGUUACUUGAAGCAGUCCAAGGUUCCACUAAGUGAAUUUGACUUUUCCUGGUCUAAAAUUUCUGACAUUCAGUCUCAGCUUGAAAAAUUGAUUGAAAAGAACUACUUUCUUCAUAAAUCUGCCCAGGAAGCAUACAAGUCAUACAUACGAGCGUAUGACUCCCACUCUCUGAAGCAGAUCUUCGAUGUUAAUAACCUAAAUUUGCCCCAGGUUGCUCUGUCAUUUGGUUUCAAAGUGCCUCCUUUUGUGGAUCUCAACGUGAACAGCAGUGAAGGCAAGCACAGAAAGAGAGGAGGCGGCGGCGGAUUCGGCUACCAGAAAAGCAAGAAAGUUGGAAAGUCCAAAAUCUUUAAACACAUUAGCAGGAAAUCAUCGGACAGCAGACAGUUCUCUCACUGAAGACAAAUUCCUUUGAUCUAGAGUAACCCUUCUGAAAUGAAUUUAUUUUCCUUUACAAAGAAAUUUUUGUAGUUCUGUAAGUCUUUCUUGUCUUUGAUGUGAUCGUACAAUUUUUCAAUUUUAAAUACUCCCUGCAAAAAUUUUUGUUACUGUUUUACUACCAGUAUAAAUGUUUUUGUAGCUUCCCUGUAUGCUACAGGAGGCUUUUGUGGCACGGGUUUCUAUGCUGACGUACUAUACAGCGGGACUUGGUAUGCUGCUAGGUGGUGGCAAUGCCGAAGCAAGUCUGGCCUCACCCUUGCGGUCUGGGUCUUGGGCCUCAAGAGUGGCUUGGAGCUGCUCCUGAAAACGCAGUUGGAAAGGGCCCGGCGCUUCAAGAGACACACAGGCAGCAGCUGUAGGUAAAAGCUGUCAUUUUGAUGCUCCGGGCCUUAAAACAACAAGCUUAGCAAGGAAGGACCGUGGGUCGAUGGGUAGGUGGUAUUUUAUGUCUAUUGCGAGGUGAUUUGGAUGGUAGUAAAAUCUUCCAACUGUGCAGCAUAAAGACAAGGGCACAUAUCAGUAGACUUAACACCGAGUCUGAAACAGCGCCCAGUGUGUACGUUAAAUUCUUUGUGAGGAGAAAAUGAUCUCUUCCAGUCCCUGAAGGAAAUACAUCGGUGGUAAAAAUUGCAGCAAACAGAUCAGAAAACACGGGAAUGUUUUCGUGUAGGACCACUUGGUUUGUAGUGAGUUUUGUGUGGUGUACAACUACAAAAUAGCUAAUGUUAGUAGCAAUUCAAAUUGCUGUCGUGCCAUUUAGUAUUCAGAGUCUGGUUAAAUGCCAUUAUGCAGAGGACAUCAAGUGUAGAGAAAAGAGGUGGAUAAAUGACAGUACAGUGGAAGACCAAGAGACCGGCAGCGGCCACCUCUGCGUGACUGUUGUCCUGGCUGCGCUUCCUGCGAUUUCAGACCUGGCUGCUGAACAUCUGGCUUGGCUUCUUGGAUUCCUGACUCCUGGCCUAAAAUACCUUUCUUCAGUACUGUUUGCUUCAGAAACAAUUAUGUUUCAAAAAAUAUACAAAAG